CUCCGAUCGGCAGUUGACCGGUGUCGGCUUUUGUGAACGUGCUGGAUUCUUCGGCUCCGACAGACACGACAGAGGUAGACGUCAGCUAGAAAAAAAAAAUCACCCAGCCACCAAAUUUUGGAUCAGUAGCGACGCACUAUCACAAAAUCGCAGCAUGGUCUUUUCAGUUUCACCUAGUUUAUUGUGUGUGCAGCAGCUUUUAUUUGAAAAAUAAAUAAAAUGAAAAGUGAAGUGUUCCUUGUCUGGGGUUCACUCGUUACGUUGCUGUACGCCGCUGAAGUGAAGAGCCAAUGCAGUCAAGACGACUACAACUACUGCGUCAGGUUGGCGGACCCGCUACUGAACGACGUCAGACUCAUUUACCCAGACAACCCGAAGGAUAUCGAACAGGUCUGCAGAAUAUGGAAUGUCUUCAUCGACUGUUUCAAGAAGUACACGGAUAGAUGCUUCACCGAAGCAAAAAGGCAAGAGUUCCACAAGGCUGUUGAGAACUCGAUGAGCUCAAUACACAAACUGUGUUUCUCACCGGAUUAUAGGACUGAUUAUCUGAAGCAUGCAAGCUGCAUGAAGAAAACAGUAACGCAGGAAAGUUAUUGCGGUAAGCAAUACAAGCUGCUCGUCGCCCAAGUUUCAAAUGAAGCACCAACUAUACGUCUUUGCUGUUCAAACCAAAUUUUUAGAGAAUGUGUUCUACAGCAGACAAAGUCCAUGUGUGACCCGGCCUCAGUUUCCUUAUCCACGUCCAUAAUUGAUGAAGCACUUGGUUUCCUGAGAGAUCAGUGUGCAAAUGUUAUAUUGAAUCCGCUCGAUUGCCCCAAUACAGACCUCUACAAGACCACAAGUCGCUCAAGAGGUGCUGAUCAAGAUGUGACUGUUACCACCUGGGCUAUGACAGAUUCAAGAAGUACCCCUUCCUCGACAUCGGAGAUGAGUGAAGCUUGGACACCGCCGAGCAGGACGUCAGAGCCUACUAGGACUUCAGAGACAAGUAGAUCAUCAGAAACAACCAGAACAUCGGAAGCAAGUAGAACUACAACAUCAGAAACAGGAAGGCCAUCAGAGACAACUCGUACCAGCUUUGGCCGAGGUAUGACCUGGACAGUCUCAUCUUCAGACAUUUGGUUACCGUCUUCCAAACCACCGGCCAUGAUCGACAACGCUAUCGAUGAACCGAACCAACAAGGCUUAGAAUCAGGAAACUCGGGUAGCAUUAAGAUUCAGACCAUAACUACAAACACCCUAAUCGUGUUAUGUAUAGUUUUUUAUCUCAUCAGGUAGUUGCAACUACCAAAGUGAAACUAAAUAAUAUAUUGUUGUAAAAAACAAUAUAUCAUUUAUGUUUUGUACAUUGGUAUAAAACAAUGCAGAUGAGUAAAACCAUUGUUUGUACAUUAAAGAAACAAACCAAAAAUUUCAAAACCAUGUAUAUUAUUUAAUACAUCUAAAAAUUUUGUUUUAAAUUAUUUAAAUAUAU